UUUGACAAAAGGCCAGCUUAGUGUGAAAAUUGAUGUUUAUAGCUUUGGAGUGGUGUUGUGUGAGCUUCUAUCAUCAAAGCUUUCAAUAUUCCAUAUUAUGAAUGAGGAGGAUAAUCUUAAUACCCUUUUAAGCAGAAAAAUUGAAAACAAAACUUUGGUGGAGCUGUUUGAUCCGAGACUUGGGUUCCAAUCAAACCUUAACAUCAAGCAGUUGAUGACUGCUACAGCUGAGCUUGCAGUUCUCUGUAUGAAAUGUCCACAAGAAUCGAGGCCAAACAUGGAACAGGUGCUAGAGAUUCUCAAUGAAAUGAAGCAAGGGAGAUAUGUAACAACCUCUCGCUCAACUAAAGCUUUGAAAAUCUUCCACCAUGCUGAACUUGAAGAAGCUACUAACAAUUUUGGCACCUGCCUUGGUAAGGGAGGGUAUGGCAGCGUAUACUAUGGAAAACUUAAAGAUGGACUAGAGGUUGCAAUAAAAUGUUUCCAUGACGAGAAUGAGACAGAAGAGACCAUUAAGCAAUUCAUGAAAGAAUCUGAUAUCUUAGGUCUCUUGCACCACCAAAAUCUGGUCUCACUCUAUGGCCGCACUUCUCGCCAUUGCAAGAAACACAUGCUAGUGUAUGAGUACAUCUCCAAUGGCACACUUUCCAAACAUCUUCAUGAGUCUUCCGGUGAUAAACUACCAUGGCAAACUAGAUUGAAUAUUGCCAUUGAAACUGCAACUGCAUUGGUAUUUCUUCAUGACUCAAGUGUCAUCCACCGUGAUGUGAAAGGGAGUAACAUUCUGUUGGAUGAAAAUUUUACUGUUAAAGUUGCUGAUUUUGGAUUCUCACGGUCUCUUCCAGAUCAUGUUACUCAUGUUACAACUAUUCCAGUAGGAACUCGUGCUUAUAUAGAUCCUGACUACUAUAUAUCUGGAAGGGUCAGUAACAAAAGUGAUGUAUAUAGUUUUGGAGUGGUCUUGUUUGAACUCAUAUCAUCUAUCCACCCAAGUUUUGUUGCAGGCACAGAUAAUGAGACUCUGGCACAGUUUGCAAAGAGAAAAAUUUUGAACAAUGAAUUAAACGAGAUAGUUGAUGAAAGCUUUUCCUGUGGUUCUGACGAUAACAUUUUGGAAAUGAUAUCAGCAGUGGCAGAGUUAGCAUUUCAGUGUGUGCAGUGUCCCAAGGAGUUCAGACCAUCCAUGAAACAGGUGCUAGAGACCUUGGAAGGCAUAAGUAAAGGAAAAUGGGGAUUCAACCAGAUGACGUAGUCUUCAUUCACACACACUACCAGUGAUUAUCAGUUAGACAGUAACUUCAGAAACCUGCUUUUGAGAUUCACUUUAGAUCAUUGUUUCACUUUCACAAUUGUUUAUUUGUAUCCCACAAUAGGAAUGUUGUUUUCUUCUCA